AUGUCUGAAGCAUCUGAACAGAAUCCCACUCCAGCCCCUGAAGACAAUUCUGAACAAUUUUCCACCAUGGCCUUGGAUGCAGAAGGGGAGUCAGAAGGAGGGAAGAAAAUGUCCAAGAAGGAGGCAGCCAAGCUGGAUCGUUUGCGUAAGAAGCAAGAGCUGAAAGCCGCUGCCGCUGCAAAUUCCGGUGCUGCUGCUCCUGCCUCUGAAGACCCUUUGGCAGCUAAUUACGGCGACGUGCCGCUUAACGAGCUUCAGUCCAAGGCUGUUACAGGGCGCAAAUGGACAGAAGUUGGUAAACUCGAGGCAGGAUUUGAGGGCCAGGUGGUCCUUUUUAGAGGUAGGUUGCAGGCUAAAAGGGGGAAGGGUAAGUUGGCCUUUUUGGUAGUGAGGGAAAGGGGCUUCACCGUGCAAUGUGUGCUGAAUGUUAAACCUGACGUUGUGAGCCCCCAGAUGGUAAAAUACGCCACUGCCCUGAGUACUGAGUCUAUCAUUGAUGUUGAAGGGGUAGUUUCUGUGCCCAAAGUUCCUGUUGAAAGUACUACUCAAAAGGUUGAAGUUCAUGUUACCAAAAUUUAUGCCAUAAGCAAUGCGGAGCCAGUCCUACCUGUUAACAUAGAUGAUGCUGCGAGAAGUGAAACUGAAAUUGUGAAAGCUGAGCAGGCUGGUGAACCAGUUAUUCGUGUUAAUCAAGACACGCGUUUGAAUAACAGGGUCCUGGACUUGCGUACUCCUGCAAACCAGGCAAUAUUCCGCCUUCAGAGUGAAGUUGGGAUGUUUUUUGAGCAAUAUUUGCGAGCUAAAGAUUUUAUUGCACUACAUACACCUAAGCUGAUGCCUGGUUCUAGUGAGGGGGGUUCGGCUGUUUUCAAACUGGAUUACAUGGGGACACCUGCUUGUCUGGCUCAGUCACCUCAGCUGCACAAACAAAUGGCUAUUUGUGCUGAUUUCGGGCGUGUCUAUGAGAUAGGGCCUGUUUUCAGAGCUGAGCGUUCAUUCACUCAUAGACAUUUGUGUGAGUUCGUAGGCCUUGACGUGGAAAUGGAAAUCAAGGAACACUAUUCAGAGGUCAUGGAUAUUGUUGGUGAGUUGUUUGUGUCGAUGUUCGAUAGUUUAAAUAAGAACUGUCAAAAGCAGCUCGAGGCAAUUAACAGACAAUAUCCAUUCAAGCCCUUGAAGUACUUGCCAAAGACUUUGCGCCUUACAUUUGAAGAAGGGAUCAAAAUGCUCGAGGAAGCUGGGGUUAAUGUUGAUCCCCUUUGUGAUCUGAACACCGAAAAUGAAAGAAAGUUGGGGGAGCUUGUAAAGGAAAAGUAUGACACAGAGUUCUACAUACUCCACCGGUACCCUUUGGCUGUCCGUCCUUUUUAUACCAUGCCAUGUUAUGAUAAUCCAACCUACAGUAACUCCUUUGAUGUUUUCAUUCGAGGGGAGGAAAUUAUUUCUGGAGCACAACGUGUGCAUGAGGCUCAGCUGUUGGAAAAAAGAGCUAGGGAAUUGGGUAUCGACGUCAAAACGAUAUCUACAUAUAUUGAUGCAUUCAGGUAUGGGGCUCCACCUCAUGGUGGUUUUGGCGUUGGAUUGGAGCGGGUGGUUAUGUUGUUUUGCGCACUGAACAACAUACGCAAGACAUCACUUUUCCCCCGUGAUCCGAACCGCCUUGCGCCUUGA